GCCUCCGCCUGUCGCGGGCCACGCAGCGGCGGGAGAGCGCGCUCCGGGGCGGCGGCGUCCUGGAGACCUCCGAGAGAUGGAAGCGGCGGCGCCGGCGGCGGCCGAAGCGGCGGGGCGCGAGGAGCUCGAUAUGGAUGUAAUGAGGCCCUUAAUAAACGAGCAGAAUUUUGAUGGGACAUCAGAUGAAGAGCAUGAACAAGAGCUCCUUCCUGUUCAGAAGCAUUACCAGCUUGAUGAUCAAGAGGGUAUUUCAUUUGUGCAAACUCUUAUGCAUCUUCUUAAAGGAAAUAUUGGAACUGGCCUGUUAGGGCUUCCACUGGCAAUAAAAAAUGCAGGCAUAGUGCUUGGACCAAUCAGCCUUGUGUUUAUAGGAAUUAUUUCUGUUCACUGUAUGCACAUUUUGGUACGCUGCAGUCACUUUCUGUGUCAGAGGUUUAAAAAGUCAACAUUAGGUUAUAGUGACACUGUGAGUUUUGCUAUGGAAGUAAGUCCUUGGAGCUGUCUUCAGAAGCAAGCAGCAUGGGGACGGACUGUGGUUGACUUUUUUCUGGUGAUAACACAGCUGGGAUUCUGUAGUGUUUAUAUUGUCUUCUUAGCUGAAAAUGUAAAACAAGUUCAUGAAGGAUUCCUGGAGAGUAAAGUGUUUCUUUUGAAUAGUACCAAUUCAUCAAACCCUUGUGAGAGAAGAAGUAUUGACCUAAGGAUAUAUAUGCUUUGCUUUCUUCCAUUCAUAAUUCUUUUGGUCUUCAUUCGUGAGCUAAAGAAUCUAUUUGUGCUUUCAUUCCUUGCCAACAUUUCCAUGGCUGUCAGCCUUGUGAUAAUUUAUCAGUAUGUCAUUAGGAAUAUGCCAGAUCCCCACAACCUUCCAAUAGUGGCUGGUUGGAAAAAAUACCCACUCUUUUUUGGUACUGCUGUGUUUGCUUUUGAAGGCAUAGGAGUGGUUCUUCCACUGGAAAAUCAAAUGAAAGAAUCAAAACGUUUCCCUCAAGCAUUGAAUAUUGGCAUGGGAAUUGUUACAACCUUGUAUGUAACAUUAGCUACCUUAGGAUAUAUGUGUUUCCGUGAUGAAAUCAAAGGCAGCAUAACUUUAAAUCUUCCCCAGGAUGUAUGGUUGUAUCAAUCAGUGAAAAUUCUAUAUUCCUUUGGCAUCUUUGUGACAUAUUCAAUUCAGUUCUAUGUUCCGGCAGAGAUCAUCAUCCCUGUGAUCACAUCCAAAUUUCAUGCUAAAUGGAAACAAAUCUGUGAAUUUGCGAUAAGGUCCUUCUUGGUUGCUAUUACGUGUGCCGGAGCGAUUCUGAUCCCGCGGCUGGAUGCUGUGAUUUCCUUGGUCGGGGCUGUGAGCAGCAGCACCCUGGCCCUGGUCCUGCCACCUUUCGUUGAGAUUCUUACAUUCUCUAAGGAACACUACAGCCUGUGGAUGGUCCUGAAAAAUACUUCCAUAGCAUUCACUGGCAUUGUGGGAUUCUUCUUAGGUACAUAUGUAACUGUGGAAGAAAUUAUUUAUCCUACUCCCAAAGUUGGUGUGCCACAAAACCGUUCUCUAAAUUUGAAUUCAACCUGCUUUCCAUCUGGUUUGAAAUAGUGGAAGCAGAAUUAUGAGUCUUCUCCUUUUGUCUCGAUUCUGAAAAUGAUGAAAAUAAGAACUAGUAGAACAUAUUGCCAUGUGCUUAAAAAUAGAACCAAAUUCUCUUUUCUUUUGGCACAGUAAUGGUAUUUUAGUAGUAGACUGUAAUUCUUUACCCAUAGUGGUAAACUAUGACAGAUUAUUGGUUUUAACUAUUAGCAAUAAUUUCAAAAAAUUUAGUUUUGAAAAUUUUUUAAAUCAAAAUUAACAAAAUGUAGAAAAAUUAAAGAAUAAAAAGACUUCCACUAUUCUUCAAUCAAUCAGAAAUACUCUAAUGAAGAUUCUGUUUUAUACCCAUGCUCCUCUUUCCCCACCCAGUUGAGGGGAGAACAGGGUUCUAACAAUAAGAGAAUCAAAGAAGGACAUAGUUAACAAAAAUCUUCUCACUAUCUCGGUGAAUAUCAAAGUGUACUUUGUGUAUAAUGUAAAAAUGUCCUAAAUUGUGUUUUUACUAGAGAGCCAAAUACUUACAAUUCAUCCCUGGAAGGAUAGAAAACUCAUUAACCCUAAUGUAAACAUCAGAAAUCCCUACAACCAGAAUUAUUCUACACUAUUUUAUGAUGGUAGUUGACCUGCACAAUGAAAACUCUGAGGCACUGUGUGAGAUCCUGACUUAGUGUCUCAAUCAAAUUUGAAAGAGACUUUAAGGGUUAUCCAACACAAUUCCCUUAUUUCUUACCUAAGGAAAUUCAUGCACAGAAAGGUUAAGUAACUUGGUCAAGACCACUCAGCUUUGAGAUCAAGCAAGAGAACCUGAUCUUUUGACCCCCCAGUCGAAAAUCCAGUCAGGAUUUUUUAUUUUUUACAUCACAUCCAGGAAAAGGAAUAAAUUAUGUCCAGUUAGUCUUUAGUGUUGCAUCUAUUUAAUUAUAUUUUAACACUUGGAAAGCCAGUGAUCUUUGAAUAGUAUAUGUGACCCAACCAUAAAAAUCAGAGAACUCUGAAAAGCAUGUAUUAUAGCCAUAUAAAUAAACCCCAACAAGAGAAAGAAGUUUUUUGUUUUGUUUUGUUUUAAAAAAUAGAAAUCACAUGCCGGUUUAACUGCUGGCUAGUAGAAGGUACCCAGCUACUCUGUUUGUGGCUCAAACUCUCCUUAUUAGUUCUUCCCUUUUUGGGUUUUGUAGGCACCAUCUUUCUCAAUGGCAGAAAAUAGGUAUCUGACAAAAUACAGGAUAUGUGUAUUCCUUCCAGCCCUGUGGCUUUUUCAUUAUAGCCUUUUACUGAUCUAAAUGGGCAGAAUAAAAAAAAAAAAACAUAAAGAAAUUUGUGCUGAGGAAAAAUCAAGGCAACAGUAGACUACUAAAUCUUGAGACACUCCAGGUUUCUUCCAGAGAAAUACCUUUUAUUACUCCAUAUUUGUCAAGCCCAGUUAUUAACCAAAACAAUCUCAGUUGACAUGAAAAAUGAAAAAUUUUACAUUUAAAACAUUAAGAAUCUUGACUUUUUAAAAAACCCAUACUUUAAAACAUGUUGAACUUUUUAAUCAGGCUGAUGGUACUCUAAUUUGUAAUACUGUAAGAUAUCAUCAAGAUCACUGUAGUGUGUGUAUUCUGUAUUUUUAUAUAUAAAUGUUAACUUAGUUCAACUAUUUUUUGCUUUGCAUUAUUAAUGAGUCAUCAAAUACAAUUCUAACAAAGUAUCAGAAGCUUUAUUUUUGUACAAAUUCAUAAGAAUCAAACUUUUUUUAAACAUUUACAUUAGAUAUCACCAAUAAUUGUUUGUGAUACUUUUUUAUCAAAUCUGUUCUGUUGAGCUUUUAGUCAUACUGAGAGAAUGUGGGCAAAGUCAUAGGAAAAGUAAUCGUCAUUGAAACUGUUGUAUAAUUGUGUUUCUAAGAAUAAAUUAAGUUGUUUUUUAAAAAUGUGUAACUUGGUGUAAAAUGACUUGAAAACCGUUAUUUAAUAGAAAGCACUAUUAUUUUGUCUCUUCAGAUAUUUCUAGUCUAUGCAUGAAAUUUUAUUUUUAUACUUUGACCUGUUUAUUUUCCUUAUUAAUUCAUCAAAUUCAAUAAAUUUUGAAUAGUUGAUCAUAGCAAUAAAUAAAUUUUAGAUUUCGCACGAACAAAAUGUUGAGCGCAUUAUCAGCCAGGCUUCCUUAUGCAGCGAGUGCUGAAUCAACAGCCAGUACUUAGUCCACUAAAUCACCGAUACUUUAAAUACAAGAGAAAAGUUGAAAUGACAAAAGAAGGGGCUAAAAAGGGAGAGACUAGUCUUAAUCCUUAACAAGAAACUGUUUAGAUGUGAAGCAUAAACGCACCCUUACUUAAGGAUUUUUGAUGAUGUAUUUUAUUUGCAAAAAAAAUCUGGCAAUAUUUUUUCCUCUGAAAAUUUAGUUUUAAUGAGUCCCACACCUUUUCUAAAGAUUCUUGGAGAAGCUGUUUUGAUGAGACCAGCUGUUGCUUUCAUUUUGGGGCCUGGACAGAUGAGAGCGAUUGCACUUGUCAAAUUGUAUAUCUGGUAUCUUGGUCCAUUACGUUAUGGCUCAGACGACUGCAGCGUUUCAUCUGCCACAAUAAAGAACCCCCUUCUCUGAAAGCUAAUCAGGUGCCUAGAGCCUUUUCUAACGCUGAGAUGGGGGAGAAAGGAAAGCUUCACUUACCUCUGCUGACCUCUGUUCCAAGUCAGUUAUCAUUAGUCCCUUAACUUCAAAAGGGUGUCGCCAGUUUCAGAGUCAACUUGUCAAAACACUGGUUUUCAGAUAUAUAUAUAUUUUUUAUCAGAGGAUCUUCUUUUCCCCACAUGGUCAGAUUUCUCCACAAUUAAAUAAGAACUAGGGUUUUUCCUUGGUUAAAGACCAAUCUGUAUGAUGUUAUCAAAUAAGAAAGUAUACUGGAGCAGCAAAUGCCACAUUAUGUUUUAAUUCUGUCCUUGCUGAAUUCCCCUUUCUUAAAACCGGUUCUGCCUCUCAUCUAGGCAACGCACUUAACGUUUUUAUAAGCAUUUUAUGCUUCCUAACAGGGCCUAAUUUAAUUCAGUAUUUUCCGAAUAGUUGCAGGAAAACUGCCUAACUGCAAGGCACUAUAAAAAUGUUAAUGGAACUAUGAAUUAAAGUGCCACAUUAGUGCCAUUUCCAGCUGUGGCAAAGCACAGGUGUUAGCGGAGCUUACCUGUGGCUUUCUUCACUGUAGAUGUCAGCCCGUACAGCAUCUCAGUAGUACAUUUGUUUACGUUAGGUUUCGACCUCAGUUCUCCUUUCUUUGUUAAAAAAGAAGACACAGAACAGAGGUAAUGGAAAUCAUAAAUAAAAAUUUGAAAAGAAUACCAGUGGCCCAAUGAAUAUUUUCUGUUGAGGAAUAAGAUUUGGCAAAAAUACAGACCACCGAUCGUGUAAAAUGAGUUUGUUUGUUUGUUUGUUUUCUAAAUGAGUCUGUUUGGUUCGUUUUGGCUGAACUAGCUUCUCCCUUCAUAAGAAAAUUUGAGAACUUUGAUCUAAAAGGUGUAACAAGAUACUUCCUAACAUUAAAUGGCUGACUGUAAUAGUUAAGACUUUGUUAUGAAUAAUCUUAUUUAUGCCCCAAGUGCUUACUCAGCUAAACGCCUUAAUGAAAGUGGUUUUCACCUAGGAGAUAAGAAAACAUACUUAAGAAAUGACUGGAAAGGCUAUUUAUUACCCUGUGAUAAAUGAAAUGACGACUUACUCUCUUAAAAUGUCAUAUUAAAAUUAGCUCGUUCUUAUGCACGUACACACACACACACACACACACACAUCCAUAAUCCAUGUGAAUUAGAUACUAAUGUUAACAUACCAUUUAAAUUGAGACCAGAAAGAGGAUGUGUUGAAAGAUCACUCCAAAAAUUAUUCCAUUACAGUUUUCUUGAUAAACAGGAAAGUAAAUGCUUAUACCAUGAAUUAAUUAAGCUGUGGAUUUUUGUGUUUUUCAAAAUGAUUUUUUGUUAGUUUGAAAUAUCAUUGCACUUGAGUCAAUUCUUUUUCUUUUAACUUAUUUUUCUUUACAACAUGAAAAAAACUGUCUUAAAGUACUGUAACUCUUCUGAAUUCUCAAUAAAAUAUAAUUAUUUUGCUUG